GCUCCCAUGGAAGGAACAGCAAUCCUACAUCAAUUCCCAUUUUCUUCUGCGCUGCAGAGAAUGUCUGUUGUUUCACAGAAGAUAGGAGAGGAACAGUAUGACCUGCACAUGCAAGGAGCACCAGAAACAGUGUCCAGCUUUUGCAGACAAGAAACAGUCCCAGCUAAUUUCUUAAAGGAGCUUAAGACAUACACAAGCCAAAGCUUCAGAGUCAUUGCCCUAGCCCAUAAAGUGCUAAACCCAGGAAAGGAUGUAGACAUGAGCAACCUGGAAAGAUAAGAGGAUGCAGAGUCUGAGCUGGAGUUCCUGGGCCUCCUGGUGAUGGAGAACCUCCUGAAGCAGGAGACAAAGCCUGUGGUACAGCAGCUAGCUGCCGCCCGCAUCAGGAGUGUUAUGAUCACAGCAGAUAACUUGCAGACAGUUGUCAUGGUGGUCAGGACUGUAGGUAUGAUUCACACAGGCAGGAAAUUCAUCCUUGUUGAAGCAAAUGAACCAGAGGGUUCCAAUCCUGCUUCCAUUGCCUGGCAAUUAGCAGAAGAUUGCAGAGCAAACACAGCUGUUCCCCAUGAAGUACAUACUAAUACUGAGGAAAAGAUCACCUUGGAAGAAGAAACCUGCAACUAUCAUUUUGCAAUGAACGGAAAGUCCUAUCAGGUUAUUAUAAAGCACUUCUACAGCUUGCUGCCAAAAAUACCGGUGAAUGCAACUGUCUUUGCUAGGAUGUCUCCUGGCCAGAAGUUCAGCCUUGUUGAAGAGUUUCAGAAACUCGAUUACUACGUGGGUAUGUGUGGUGAUGGCGCCAAUGACUGCGGGGCUUUGAAAAUGGCUCAUGCAGGGAUAUCACUGUCAGAGCAGGAGACAUCCAUGGCCUCGUCUUUCACCUCCCAAAUCCCCAACAUCCAGUGUGUGCCAGAGUUGAUCAGAUGAGUUGGCUGGGUGCUGCCCUGGGAAGGUCAAGCAGCUUCGGUUGCUUCCUUCACUGUGGUUAAAUACUUGACCCUUUAUGACCUUAUUCAGUUUGUUGGUACCACUCUGCUGGUUUGGCAACUGCAAAUCUUUGGGAAUCAACAGUAUUUGAUACAAGAUGCCGUCAUUACCCUUCUGGUUUGCCUAACAAUUAAUUUGACUGAAGCCUAUCCAAAGCUUGCACCUUAUCACCCUCCUGGCCAGCUCAUCUCUCCUCCAUUGCUGCUCUCCACUAUCCUCAAGGUGUGCUUUACUUUAAUCAUGCAAACCUGUGGCUUCCUCCUGGUGAAGCAGCAGCCGUGGUAUGUAGCACUGGAUAGCCAGAGACACUGCUCUCCAGGGAACCAGACCAUGUCCCACAGCAGCCCAGGGGGAAACAGUACCAGCAGCGGUACCCAGAGCAAUGUACUCAGUUAUGAAGACACUAUGCUGUGGCCACUGUCUUCUAUCAAUUGCAUCGUUGUGGCCUUUGUCUUUUCCAAGGGAAAGCCAUUCCGGAAGCCCACCAAUUGAAACUAUAUAUUUUCAGUGCUCUUGGCCCUCCAGCUUUCAGUCUGCCUCUUCCUCUUCUUCGCAGACAUUGAUGCUGUGUACAGUGGAAUGCAGUUUCUUUUCACUCCUCUCAUCUGUAGAGUUUAUGUCUUAGUAAUGCUCUUGGUCACCUUUUGUGUUUCUUUAUUUACAGAGGACAUUAUCUUGCAGAACAAGCACCUCUGGCUGCUAUUUAAAGCCUGGUUUGGGUACCAGUCAAACAGACAGUACCGAAAAUGGCAGAGGAUGCUGCGGAGGGAUCCUAACUGGCCUCCUGUAAACACAGAAGACUUCACAGCAAAAAGCACAGAUGAGAUUUACACCUAUGAACACAGUGACAAGGAUUAG